AUGGGAGUACUUGACAGUUUCAAAGCAUUUGUCCACUCAAUAACCACCGAUGACCAUUAUGCUUCUUACAAUUCGCCCUACAAGAACAGAUCUGGCGACGCCGAGUUGUCGAACGCAUUGUCGCUGGGUGGCUCUACGCUACAGUUAAACGCCGACAUGAAUGGCUCGACUACUUCUUUGAAUGACGGGAGUGCCGGGUUCUACAGACCCGGGAUGAAGUCGUCGCAGAGCCAACUACAGAAACAAGAUCAACAUCAACAACAUGUCAAUGAUGUCCCCAUGCAAAGCUUUGACUCCAAUGGCUUGCCUCCGUUGCCAUCUAUGGACUCGUUAUGGGACAGAAUCGAGCACUGGAUAGACGAAGAGUACCCUGAAAUUGACGAUUAUUUAAAUGACGGCGUAACAACUGCAGACUUGGAUGAGUUUUUGCAGGAUUUGAAAUGUGGAUCUCGAAGGUUACCUGAGGAUUUUAGACAAUUUUACAAGAGACACGAUGGACAGUUUAGAGGCGGCAAACCCACUGGUUUAGUCAUGGGCUUAGUCUUGUUGGAUUUGGAAAGUAUAGUUGAAGAAAAUAUGAUGUGGAAUAAAGUGGCAGAAAGAUUGGAAGCACAACAAUACUUGGCUCAAAAACAACAACAGCUGCAGCAACAGCAACAACAGCUGCAAAAUUUGGAUGUGAAGGAAGGUUCAAGUGGUCUGCAUCAACAUUCAAAACCUUCAAACACAUUCAUUAGUCAUCAAAGAUCAAUUCCACCAAACUCCAUUCAACCAGUCUAUUACCAUAGAGGUUGGAUAGUCUUGCUCAAGGAUAAUAUCGGCAACCAAGUAGCCAUGGACUUGUGCCCCGGACCUAAUGGGACAUGGGGCCAAAUUAUCUUGUUUGGACGCGAUUUCGACACCAAGUUAGUCAUUGCCAUAAAUUUACAAGACUUUAUCUUUUCAUUCGUAAGUGAUUUGGAAGCGGGCAAUUUCCAAAUUGACUCAACUGAGUAUAAUGAGCAAUUGGGAUUCUUAUCUCCCGAGAGAGAUGGAGACUUUAUGAUUGGCGAUGAAGAUGAAAGUCAAGGCGAAUUGAACUUUUUAGACAAGGAUGGCGCAGAGUUUGGCCUAAAUGCAAUCAGAGGCCGUCCCGGUUACAUUGAGAUUUUGAAGAGGAGAGCAUUGAAAAGAUAUGGGUUGAAUGAAAAAUUCCAAACGGUUUUCCAACCUCAAAGAAUACAAAAGAAGCAUAGCAACGGUGCUGGAAAAGCCAGUCCAUUCAUGGGGAAUUCCCCCAAUAACUCGACUCAUAACUUGGGCAAAAUUGGUUCGAAAAAUAACUCCAGUGCUAGUCUAGCUACAAAUGGGAAAAACAAUACACCGCCAGUUUCAAGUCCGUUGGUGAAUUUGGACAAGAGCCUGGGUACUUUUUCCAUUCCAAAAGAGACAAUUAUGGAUGGCUCCAAAGAUGCCGAGAAGAAACCUGAUUCUGGUGUCAAGGGUAUAAAGGAGAAGUUGGAGAAUGUCAAGAUUGAUGAUGAGAAAAAGACAUCAGAGCAGGAAGAAGAAAUCAAGGAUAGCAAGGAGAAGACUCCGGCAGCGGAGAAGAGUCCAGCGGUAGAGAAGGAGGAGAAAGAAGAAAAGAAGGAGGAAAUGGAAAAAGGAAUGGAAAAGGAAUAG